AUGGCGGUCGAUUGCUUUCCGCAGACAGCGGGCUAUUUGUCGGUGACCACGUCGAGUUUGGAGGAUUACUUAUUUCGUGGGGAGCAUCCAGUGCUGAAAGACAUGAGCUGGUCCACCUACGGAAUGUGGGUGUACAGGGUGGAGCUUCCUCCCGGAGCUGAGACUUCCAUCAGAGCAGCGGUACCUCGAUUCCAGGAUAUGUACUUCAGCUCGGCUUACAAGUUGUACAAGACGCACUGUCAGCGGAUCAGUUCAGAACCUCGAGUUCCGAUGUUCGAAGGGUUCACCAUGCCUACAUUAAUGACUGACAGCGAACGGAACGCCAUGUACAAACAAGUUCAAUGCCGGCCAUUCGCAGUUGCGGCGUCUCCCGCGCCUGGUGCUUCGACGGAAGACCUUGUGAUCGAUGCAUUUACCGUGUUCUCUCAGCCUUGCAAGCCUACGACAACCAAUCGAUCACUGGCAGCUGCCACUGCCUUUACCGAGUCGUACCUGGAAUGGUUUGCAGAAGCGCAGACGGCAGCGGACGAAGGGCGGCUGCGGUUUGCGGAGCGGCAAGAGUACCCGUCUCUGUGGGAGACGGAGGAGAUGCAGGCUGCCAUGCAGGAGAAGUUGGAGUUGGCGCGGGCAGAGGAAGAUGAAGAGGAGCCCGUCGUGUCUCCAGGCGACGCUCAGCGGGCGCCGCGGGCUACAGUGGAAAUAUAUUCAUCCAUGCAAGCCCUGGAGCGAGUAGUCAAUCUGGAAAGCUUGGCCCGGGCUCGGCAGGAAAAGCCCAAGAAGAGGCGAGAGCUGGAUCAGUACCUGCAGCAAGACUUCGUGAAGAUAACCACUGCCGGCGAGCUAGAAGAUGCGGAUGUCGACGACGAAGAGGAGCACGAGGACGUGCAGCUGGAGGGUGCAAAAAGAUGUCCCUCCCAUGUGUUUCAGCCCAUCACCUUUCGGCCGAAUGCGGACGAACAGUGGCGGCUGCUGCAGCUAGGCUAUCAAGCCAGGAAAAACCGAUACACGAGUGAAUUUCUGGAGGAGACUUGGCUCCAGCAGGAAGCUUUCGAGGAUCGGUCAAAGAAGCUGGAGUCGCUGCGAGAGCAAAAGCCAAACGAAGAGGAGGCGGAGGACGCUGACGACAGCCACUUGAAGCGGUUGCGAGCGUGGCUGCCGCGUCUGCCGCGAGACUGUGCGCGAUUCGCGGAUCAGACAGUGUAUGAAAAACCUUCCGAACUGUUGGCGGACAUGAUGCUUGCUCUGCCGGCGAACGAGAAGCUGAAUGAAGAUCAGGAGCUUUUCAUGUGGCGGUUUGGCGACGUUCUGAACAGAGUUUACGAUGAGGAACAGCGAUUUGCGCCGCACAAGCGCGGUGUGUAUCACAUGCUUUUGCUGGGACAAGGCGGUUCCGGCAAAACGCACGUUGUGCAGAAUCUCAUCUUCCCUGUUGUUUUGUUUAUCUGGCCACCAGAAGAUGGCAGCGAGACGCUUCGAGUGGUGGCUGCCAAGAACUCACAGGCUAAGAACAUUUCGACGUCCUCUGUGCGAGCUACGACGGUGCAUGCCGCUGCUUGCAUGCGGGUCCAGAACCUGUCCAAUUGCAACCUUGCGGCCGGCUCCAAGGAGAAGGCGUUGCGGACAAUGUGGCAGAGCUGUCGCGUGCUGAUCUUGGAGGAGAUCAGCAUGGUUGCUGCUAUGUUGUACAACAUGCUGGACUAUCGUUCCAUGCUGGGUCGUAGGCUGAGUCAUGAUGUGAACCCGCAGACGUACACUCGGAUUGGUCGUGUCUUUGGUCGCGUUCCCAUAGUUUUGCAUUUGGGAGAUUUCUUACAGCUGCGUCCCACUGCUCAGCUGUCGCUCCUGGACGAUUUGAAGGCGAGAGACGAGGAUGGCCGCUUGCUGCAUUCUGAUGUCCCGCCGGAAGUCCAGCAUGCGCAGCAAGUGUUCGCAAACAUUCAAGACGUGUUCGAGCUGCGGGGCACGAAGCGUUUCAAAGAUGGCGAUCCAUUGAUCGAGCUGUUGCAGUGCAUGCGCGCAGGCCGUCAGUUGUCCGAAGGACUGUGGAUGGCUUUCCAGCAGAGGUUCGUGACGGAUGCUGCUCCGGGCAAGCCAGAUGCCAGACUCCAGGACGAAAACUUCCGCUCUGGCUAUUGCAUGUCCAUCUAUUGGGCCUCCUUAUCUCGGAUGCUUUUCCGCCGUGCUAUCCUGGACGCUGCGCGAGGGAGCGUUCCGCUCGUGUUGCUGCAGUGUGCCGACGAGUGCUCCGAGCUGGACAAGGAGGUUGCGUUUCGGUUGCUGAAUCAGCCUAAUCCAAACCGAACCGGUCACAUGCACGGCGUGCUGCCUUGCCAUGUAGGCAUGGAAAUUCGGCUUCUGGAGAAGUUGGAUGGGACGAAGGGGCUGGUGCAGGACACCCAAGCGACGAUCUUUGAUUUCGAGUUUUCUGCAGAAGAUCGUCGUGCGUACAGGAGGACAUCCGGUGGUGAGGUCUUUAGUCCACGUUUCUUGCCAUCGGGUCUCUGGGUCAGCGUGCGCAACUACGAUGGCAACCAAAAUUGGCAGGCCAUGGCGGCCGUUUGUCGUCUGCAUGUAGAAACCGAUGAGGCUGCGGAGGAACUGGCGCGCAGUCUGUGGUUUCUGCCUGCUGUGGAAGUGAAGAUGCAAUUCUCCAGUACGCAGAAGUACGUGAUCAGACGCUGCGGGUUUCAGGUGUCGCACGCCAAGUUCAUCACUAGCACCGCUUCGCAGGGAGUGACACUGCGACAGGGCACCGUCAUCGAUUGUGCGCGACUGCCCGAACUGGAUGAGGAUAAUUGGUGGUUGCAUUUGUACGUCAUGUUUUCUCGUGUCACCUGCUUGGAAGACAUGUUGCUGCUGCGUCCUCCGACGAGAGAAAUGUUGGAACGCGGCCCGCCGAAAGCCAUCUUGGAACGUUUGCGGCGACUGGAAGAACGUGCAGCGGGUUGUCGCACUGGUGCAGUCAAACUGCGAGAAUCCUUUGGCCGGACGCGGAAGCGGAAACGGCUCCCCGCGUGA